CACUAGAUCUGCUUUCAACUUUCAGCGUUUAACGACGAAAGCAUUCGGCAAGACUAGCAUGAAGUUGCUUCAUCUGAUACACACAUUAAUCCCCUUCUCUCGCCAUCGUUCCACGGUUGCGGACAACUUGACGCCAACAGAACCUGCAGCAUAUAUCUAUCGGCUGCCAGUGGAACUUCUACAACGAGUCUUCCUGUUCAUCGUUAACGACACGUCAGGCUGUCCCAUUAUCAACAACACAUCAAAAUAUACCUCCAUUUCGCUCGAUGUUACCAGCCCUCCCCUAGUACUUGCCAGAGUGUGCCAUUUUUGGCGAGUCGUUGCAUAUUCAACGCCAGGAGUCUGGUCGCGCAUCCAGAUCGUGCUCCCUGAAAAAGCUAAACCGUUGAAACCAUUCCUUCCAUAUUUCAUUCAGUGUUGGCUUGAUCGCUCUGGUAGGCUUCCCCUCACCCUUAACAUCACCGACAGACGCUGGUUCACUUGGCGCCGCAAACCCGGUCGGAUACCAGCGGCAGACUCUCAACUUCUCGAUAUCCUCUUUUCUGAAAGCCAGCGUUGGGAAACGGUGGUUCUAUCAUCCGUUAAAGACUGGCAUCCUGAUUUCAACACACCUCAGUUGAAAACCUUGGAGUGCCAUCAUUCAAAUAUCAGGAGAUUCAAUGCACCAAAGCUUUCCAGCUUAUCCAUCCAUGGUACCUUUUCUCGGACCGUUCCAGUCGGACAGCCCACCCUUACCGGUCGCCGCGCUCCCAUUACUUGCAAAGAUCUACGUCACAUCCAUAUUCUGGCCGCUUCUGCGGUUGCUAUCUGCUCCACUAUAGCCAGUUUCCCUAAUCUGGAGACCAUCGUGGUUGAUGAACUUAAAUCCUGCGGUUAUGUUCCUGCCCCUAUAAAUGAUUUGGUGAUGCUCAAAUCGAUGACCAUCCCCCUCUGCUCCUCCUUGCCAGAUAACUACCGGCAAGAGCUUAUCAAAAUAUUCACCGUACUUCAUCUUCCCAUGUUGCGGAAAUUGACGCUGUUGGGGUCGCCGGAGAAACCACAAGUUGAUUGGCUUUUGGCGAUGCUAGGAGUUGCAUCUUUCCAGGUGCCGGUGGUAGAAUUUCACAUACUGCAGGACAUGGUUCCGUCUACAACACCGCUGAACAACACUUAUGUGGAAAAUAUUGUACCGUUGCUUUCAUUUGUGGGAGAGGUUAUUUUUUGUGGUAUCGGAAUUAGCUACGACAGGGAAAACCAAAGGCGCAUUUAUCGACAUAAUAUAUGUACAUAAAGUAAUAAAUUCUGUCGUGUCGGAUGCGAACAUGUGGACCUUAGAUUACUCGCCUACGUCUCGAGAGGCGCCCACGGGAAGAGAGGGACAAUUCAUCUAAUCACGAUUCUUUGUCGACUUAUAGGACUGUCUAUUUUAAAAACUUUCAAGUUCGAGGCAGUGUACAAGGGGUGUUUGAGCUACAUAUCACGCAUCUGCCAGACUAUGACAUUUGAUAUAGAGAUGACAGAAAUCAGAGAACACACAGG